GAGCAGCUGAUUUUUCCCAUCGGCAAUCAACAACUUCAAAUAUAGUUUUCUUUUAUUUUAAUCGAUAUUAAGGUUUAUCUGUAUCAGUAUUUUUUUAUGAUUUCUUUUAAAAUUUAUGAGCAAUAAAAUCGUGUGCGGUGUAGUGGGCAACAACACGAUCACAAGUUGAUAUAAGUUCAUUUCUACACGCACGGCUCCCUCACCCAAUUGGAAAUUUCCAAAGUGUAACAGCAAAAAUGGCACAACGCUCAAUUUUCUUACUUUCCUCUUCUCGUGUACAUGGUUUUGUCUUUUUGGAGCAUGCCAAGGAGUUACUAAUUGAUUUUCUCUCAAAGCGUAAUGUGAAGACGGUGCUUUUCGUACCCUAUGCGCAGAAGGAUCACACGAAAUAUACGGAACUUGUUGAGAAAACACUCUCCCCAUGGGGCUAUAAAGUUGAAGGUUUACACGCUAAACCGAAUCCCAUUCAGGCUGUGCUACAAGCAGAAGCGAUUUUCAUUGGCGGUGGCAAUACAUUUGUGCUGCUCAAAGCGCUCUAUGAUCAAAACUUAAUUUCGAUAAUACGCGAACGUGUGCUACAGAAAGGCAUACCGUAUAUCGGUUCGAGUGCCGGCACAAAUGUUGCAACACUUUCCAUACAUACAACAAAUGAUAUGCCAGUGGCAUUUCCACCUACGUUCGAUGCGCUCCGGCUGGUACCGUUCAACAUUAAUCCUCACUACUUGGAGCCAGAUGCAUCGACACGUCACAAAGGCGAGACGCGAGAUGAACGUAUACUUGAAUUUAUAGAUUAUCACAAAUUGCCGGUGUUGGGUUUGCGCGAAGGCACCGCAUUGUUGGUGGAAGGUGAUAAAGCGACUUUAGUGGGAGAUCGCAAAGCGAAAUUGUUUGUGCCUGACAAAGAGCCUGUCGAAUUCGCUCCAAACGCUGAUCUCAGUUUUCUGCUGAAUAAAGUUUAAUGUACCAACGUCUUCAUGACGUAUGACAAAAGGCAAUAUCUUUAUGUUUUGGUUUACAACAUUUUAUUGAAAAUAAUGAAAAAUAAUUUACGAACCAUUACUUAAAGUUUUUACAAAUAAAAAAGCAUUUACUUAA